AUGACGAAUGCUCUUAAAGAGCAGCUACAGGUAGUUAAUGACCGCCUCACUAGGGUAAUCAGAGAGGUUAGGGAUCGGUCUGGAGGUAAUAUUGAUGAGUAUGAAACGCUAAUCCAGAGAGUGAUUGGCGCUAACGCACCUAUGGAGGUUCGGGGUGACGGAGCCCCUAGAAAGGGAGAUGCACCUAGUUCUACUCACAUGAGAGAAUCCUUUAGAUCGGACUUCAAGAAGAAUAGGAAUCAUGGGGGAACAAUGUUUGAGAAGUGGAAGACCGGCAAUGGAUGUGGCAAUGCUUUUACCCGCUGGUUCUCUUGCAUUGUAGCUUUGCUGAGCAUUUUGCUUUUGUCUGCUGACUCUCCUCGAUUAAUGGGUCGAAAUAGAGUAUAUGGAAGUUUGGAAGAGGCUCGUGCUGAGAAAAAUCGAAGGAGGCGCGAGCAACGUGCUGCUGCUCGGCGUGGGACAAAGAAUGAUGCACCAUUAGGAGUGUGUACAUUAGCUGUCACAGCUUUUAAUAUACAUGACUCAAAUGCUGUGAAUCAGCCAAAUAUGGGUGUCAUUGAAUCUUCAUUGGGUUCAGGCUCAGUAUUGCCAUUUGCAGAGAACAAUGCAGAGCACCUUCAAGCUGAAAAUCAAGGAGAUGUAUCUAGGUCUACUGGUAAUGGUGCUAGCGAGGUUCCGACAACUAAUUCAGAUGCCGGUGAAUCAUCUUUGCAUAGGCGACGUCGGCGUACAAGACGUUCUAUGACUAAUCCAUUGAACACAAUAAUUACAGAGCCUGCAGUAUUGCUUAGUAAUGCAGAGCAAUUCCCAACCGAAAAUGAAGAAAAUGUCUAUGCGUCUAUUGCUGAUGGUGCUAAUGAGGUUCCAUCAACUAAUUUAGAUGCUGGUGAACCAUCAUUGCGUACGCAACGUCGGUCUAGAAAACGAGCUAUAACUGAUCCAUUAGCUACAAUAGCUACAGAACCUGCUGUAUUACCUGAUGUUCCAAGUUGUCCGUAUUGCCAUGCAAAACGAUUUCAUCAGGAACCGCCUGGUUUUUGCUGUGCCUCCGGUGAGGUACAGCUAUUAUCUACUGAGAUGCCGAGAGAACUUAUGCUAUUAUAUAUAGAAGACUCUGAUGAGGCUGCUGAGUUUCGCAGAUGUGUUAGAAGCUAUAAUAACAUGUUUGCAUUCACUUCGAUUGGUAUCCAUCCUGAUAAAUCUUUGGCUGCAAACUACAAUGGAGUUUAUACAUUUCGAAUCCAGGGACAGAUGUAUCAUUAUAUUAAUCCACUUAUUCCAGAGGAUGGUGAGAAGCCACGGAACUUGCAACUUUACUUUGUUGACACUGACCAUGAAACAACGCAGCGGCUCUCAAUUUCACGUAGAUUUCAAGAAACACUGGUGACUAAGCUUGAGGAAAUCUUAAAGAUUAAUCCUUACUCUGCAUUUUUCCGAGGAUUACAAGAUUUGCCAGGCAUAGAUGAUUAUAAGAUUGUACUUGACACCACGCCUGCUGUAGAUCAACGAGUUUUCAAUAAACCUACUGUGUCACAAGUAGGAGCUGUUUGGACCGAGAGCACAAAUUCUGAACAUGUUAACUCUAAACACAUACAAAUUUAUGGAAAGAAUGGUCAAACGCAGAUUGUUAAGCAUUAUUUUGCUUGUCAUGAUUCGUUGCAAUAUCCUCUUAUCUUUGCAAAUGGAGAGCCAGGUUGGCAUCCAGGGAUUGAAAAAAUCCAUCAUCCAAAUAAGAGCAACAUUACAUCAGUGACUUGUGAGGGAGAAACUAUUAUAGCUGCAACUACAGCAACGACAGCAACUGAUAUCAUUGAUGCAGAAAAUAGAGCUAUUAACCAAAGAAAAAGAAAGCGCAACACAGUUUCAUGUCGUGAGUAUUAUUGCUACAAAUUGCAGAUCCGAGAUGCUGACCGGUCAAUGUUAUUACAUAUAGGGAGAUUACUACAGCAAUAUGUAGUCGAUGUCUAUGUCAAGAUUGAGUCAAUCAGAUUAGAUUUCCACAGAGGAAGAAGCAAACAGGCUCAACUUCGGACAGAGAUUUAUCAAGGCAUAGUUGAUAGUAUUUCCAACGGUGAAUCAUCAUCAUCAAGUAUUGGUAAACGUAUUUUUCUACCAGCUUCGUUCAUUGGUGGCCCUCGAGAUAUGCGACGACGAUAUAUGGAUGCUAUGUCUUUGGUUCAAAGAUAUGGAAAACCGGAUAUCUUUUUGACGAUGACCUGCAACAAGAAUUGGCCUGAGAUUAAAAAAAUGCUUUUGCCAACUGACAAAGUUGAGAAUAGACCAGAUUUAAUAUCUCGAGUUUUUCGUGCAAAGCUUCAACAACUGAAAGAUGAACUUCUGAAAAAGAAUAUAUUUGGAAAGGUAGCAGCUUAUACAUAUGUGAUUGAGUUCCAGAAAAGAGGUUUGCCUCAUGCUCAUUUCUUGAUAAUUCUGAAACAAGGAUGGAAGAUGUACUCUCCUGAAUCAUACGAUCGCAUAGUGUGUGCUGAGUUGCCAGAUGCUAAGCAGUAUCCUUAUCUUUAUGAAGUCGUUGUCAAACAUAUGAUGCAUGGUCCUUGUGGUGCUAUGAAUCCAAGUUGCCCAUGCAUGAAACAACACAUUGGAUGCAAGGAUAAUUAUCCUAAGGAGUUUACAGAAGCCACUCGUCACAGUCACAACUCCUACCCUGUUUAUCGACGACGAGAUUUUCAGCAAUCAGUAACUGUUCGUGGACAUCCUCUUGAUAAUCGAUGGUUGACUAAUACGGGGCCUAAUGAAAUUGUUGAUGAAAUAAAAAAUUUUGUUUGUGCAAGAUGGGUCUCUCCUCCUGAAGCAAUGUGGAGAAUCUAUGCAUUUGACUUAAAUGAGACAAUGCUUACAGAAUUCUUUAGCAUGAAUUGUUAUGAUGAAUACGCCAAGCAUUUGAAUUGUUUAUAUAUAGAGUUUCCUGAGUAUUUUACUUGGAAUGCACAAUCAAAAUAUUGGAGUAGACGAAAAAGAGGAGAAGUUAUUGGUCGUAUUUUAACUGCUCGCCCUACUGAAGGGGAGCGAUACUAUCUCAGAAUGUUGUUAAUGCAUGUUAGGAAGCCUACUUCUUUCCAAGAUCUAAAGGUUGUCAAUGGAUACGUAUGUCAAACAUAUAAAGAAGCUGCAAAUUUACUUGGCUUAUUGCAUUCUGACAAUGCUGCUGAACUUUGCUUACAGGAAGCUUCUGCAUACCAGAUGCCAAGUUCUCUUCGACAAUUAUUCGCAUCUAUAUUAGCUUAUUGUGCUCCUACAAAUCCACGAGAGUUGUGGUUGAAAUAUGAAGAUUUCUUAUCUGAAGAUAUUCAACAUAGUACAUCACUUGAACCACACUUUGUACAAAUACGAGUGCUCCAAUUAAUUGAUUCGUGUCUUCGAUCCAUGGGAAAAAAUAUUGCUGAUUAUAAUUUAACUGAUAUUCAAGUUGAACAGCUUUCGCAAGAUUUAAGUACUAAGGAAAUUGAUGUUGAAAGAAGCAUAGUAGUAUCUGACGAAGAUCUUCGUGCAUUGCAUCAGUUAAACUUGGACCAGAAAUCAGCAUUUGACAAGAUUAUGCAUGCCAUUGACAAUAAUAUCUCAUGUGCAUUUUUCUUAGAUGGUCCAGGUGGAACUGGAAAAACUUUCUUAUACAGAGCUCUCCUUGCAGCAAUACGAUCAAAAGGAUGCAUAGCACUAGCAACUGCAACAUCUGGAGUUGCAGCUUCAAUUUUACCUGGUGGCCGUACAGCACAUUCGAGGUUUAAAAUUCCAUUACAAGAUAGUGAUACAGCAAUUUGCAAUAUUGGAAAGCAAAGUGCUAUUGCUAAGUUAAUAAGAGAUGCAAAAGUAAUUAUUUGGGAUGAAGCAAGCAUGGCAAAGCGUAGCUCAAUAGAAAAAUUUGAUGAAUCAUUAAAAGAUAUCAUGAAUAAAGAUGCCAUAUUUGGUGGUAAGAUCAUUGUUUUUGGUGGUGAUUUCCGACAAACAUUACCAGUGGUCACCAAAGGGUGUAAAGAAGAAAUUGUCAAUGCUAGCUUAGUAAAGUCUCCUAUUUGGCCGUACCUCAUAAAACUAAAACUAUCACAAAAUAUGCGAGCUCAGUUAGAUCCUUAUUUCUCUGAUUACCUUCUUCGAAUUGGCAACGGUACUGAAGCAACAAAUAAGAAUGAUGAGGUGCGUAUACCUGAAGGAAUGAAUUUGGUAUUUGUCGAUGACGAUUCAUCAGUUGAUGCGUUGAUUGCUGCAGUAUUUCCAAAUUUAUGUGCUUUUGCUCAUUGUCCAGAUUCUAUUGUUAACCAUGCAAUUUUAAUGACAAGAAAUGAUUUUGUAUUUGAAAUUAAUAACAAAAUCAUUGCUAAAUUUCCAGGUACAGAACAGGUAUAUCUAAGCCAUGAUGAAAUCCUUGAGUCAUGCCAUCAAUCAGAGACAGAAGAUUUUUUGAAUUCAUUAACGCCUAAGAGCUUGCCUCUUCACAGGCUGAUAUUAAAAAUUAAUUGUCCUGUCAUGUUGAUUCGAAAUAUUAACCCUGCUGAAGGCCUAUCUAAUGGCACCCGACUCCUAUGCAAAGAAUUUGGAAACAAUGUAAUACACGCAGAGAUUGCUUGUGGCUCUUUUAAAGAGUCCCUUAAAAGUGAGGAGGAGCUGCCUUCACCGCUUGGGAUCAGCACUGGUCAUGGAAAACAUAAAUAUUCAGAGAAAGGUCUAGCAGGUGUUUUUGAGUCACGUCUAAAGGAACUGAAUGCUGCAUUCCACGAGGUACUUGACAAGGCUGGGUGGUUUUUGACGACAAAGAUUGCAGCCACAUCAUGGUCGGAGUCUAGAAGCACUCCUGAAGUAGUUGCUGCUUAA